AUGACGGUCAACGAAACGGAGUCACUGUGUUUGAACUCGGUCGACUCUUCGUUGGCCAAGAUGGUGGGGCCACCGGAAUCCGGAAGCUUUGAAUAUGCGGUCCGGGGUUCCCAUUCGACGGCAAUGGCGAGUUCGGAGUCGGGCUUCUCGCUGGCUAAGAGUAGGGUGGUGACAGGCUUGGGUUCGGAUUCGGGUAGCUGGGCGUGGCGGGAUAGAUUGGACGACGUGCGAACGGCGGAGAAGGCGAAGAUAGGAGUGGGCACAGUUCGAUUCUCAUGGAAAAAUGAUAACAAAACUGAACCAAAUCGGACUGGAUGA